GUUUCGCUAAAUUGAACUGACUUUUGCCAAAAGCUAUUCUAAUUUUUGUUUAUAAAAUUGACUUUUCAUUUAUCGCUUGUUUUUAUAUUUUUCUUGUGAGAGAAUGAGAGAAGCAUGUUUACCAUUAUCCGAAAAUGCAUGGGUUUUGCGAGAUGCAUGGCCCAUUUCAUUGCGUAUUCUUUUACUCGAAAGUUAAGCCACUCCUCACGAUAACAACGGAUUAAAGGUAAACAAAGACAUUAGACAAACAGUAGUGAGGAUAUACAUUCCUUGCGUCUUUGGUUUAACUAAAAGGCCAUUCAAUUCUAGUCCAACAAGCAGAGCAUCAGCAUCCACCCACCACCUUUUUAUACGAGAAGUGGACACCAAGAAACGAAGCUCUUGUCUCAUAUUAAUUUCUCAAACCUUCAUUUCUUCUCAGUCCCCGGAAGUAACUUCUCUGUCCCAUACCAACACCGAGAGAAGGACGUCCUUACUUGUUCUGUCUUUGUGAAGACCAGGUGAUGUUCAUGAAGAAGGCAGAGAUAGAUACGAGAGCCCCAUUUCGGUCCGUCAAAGAGGCUGUUUCCUUGUUUGGUGAGAAAGUGUUGGCGCAAGAGCUCUAUGCAACCCAGCUCAAAGAGAGGGGAGGGAUGGAAGAGUCAUGGAGGGUGGGAAGAGUAGCUGCAGAGCUGGAGGAGACGAGGCAGAAUCUGGAGAGGGCGAGAGAGGAAAGCAUGUUAAUGGCGCAUUGCCUGUCAUCUCUGCAGGAAGAGCUUGAGCGUACGAAGCAAGAGCUGCAACAGCUGAAGCAACAGGAGAAAGAGGAGAAGCAUGUAGUGGAAUGCGAGAUUGAAGAUGUUAAGUUUGUUGAGAACUUGAGCAAUUCACAAGAGCUUCAGAAGAAAAGGUACGUCACAUUUGCGAAUCCUCCCUCUGUGGCUCAUGCCAUUCACCCACAGGGUCUUGAGAAGCUGGAGAGGCAUCCUUCCCUCAGGAAGAAGAAGAACAAGAACCCUUUGAUUCCUCUCAUUAGUAUCUUCUCCAGGAAAAGGGCUAACCCACCAGUCCCCUGAACUCUUAUAUUCUUAUGCACUUUCUGUUCUUCAUGUCCUUUUUGUAUCAUACUAGCUGGUAGCCGUUAACAUAUUCCCCCAAAGUAAGACGAGAGUGUACAUUUAAGAGUCUUGUAUUCAUGAAUCAUGAAGCACCAUCAUUACAAAUUAAAUUCUGUUGCCUUCUCAA